AGUGUACAAACGAGUACCAUGUGUGAGAGAGAGACCAUCAACAACCUGGUUAUUUAAGCCAUUAUCUUGACCUACUGAUGAGUAUACUACACCCACGUGAUGGAGAUACCAACCAAGAAUAAAUCUGGAGAGAGCACAGGAGUGUCGCGGUCCGGACGGGUCAGAAAGAAAUCGUCCAAACUGGCCGAUUUCGAGUCGCCCGACGAGAUCGACACACGGUUCAAGCGGAAGACCGACCGACCCCAAAAGUCACCGAAGGUCAUGAAGCUUGGGCAUCCGAUGGGCGCGGAUAUCUACGACGACUCGGACAGUUUCAUGGAUGAUGACGUAAUCGACGUUAAGGACGAACCCCUAGAGGUGGAUGACUGGGGGGAGAAUGAGGAGGUGGACGACGACAUGUGUGAUGACGGCGAUGAUCGAGAAGACGCCACCGACCCUCUCCAGGUUGACGACGAUUCCACCGACAUGCCGAGAGAAUCGUCCAAUUACAGUCUGGCCCAGUCGCUGUACUUCUCGGAGAAACAGGGCAAGAAGAACAUCAUGCUCAAGGACGGACAAGUCGUACGGCGUAAGAAGGCCCAACGUAAGGAUAAAGGGAAGUCGAGGUUUACAGCUUACAUGCUCUGGGCGCGUGAGAUUCGUCCCGGCAUCAUUCAGGCAAAUCCUAACAUGGAUUUCUCGGCUGUCAACAAGAGGCUGGGAGAGCUGUGGGCCUUAGUGCCUACCACUCAGAAAUAUAAUUGGAAGCGUCGAGCCAAACGUCUGGCUGCUAAAGGCAACCAGAAGGGGUCCAUGAUCAGCACGGGGAAGGCGGCCAAGCAGUCGCAGAACACCGUCCGCAGCAACCUCAUCAACAAGGGCGGCGUCAAGCCCCAGCAGGUGAUACGUACGACGUCCAAACAGCCCGACGUCGGACAGUCUGCCCCGGCACCCACGCAGAAGACCCACGUCGCCACGCCAAAACGUGUUGCAAGAAUUGGUUCACCGAGGACAAGACAGAAAGCCAGUGACUCACUUACCAAAGGUGAAGUGUCGAGAAACAUAACAGAAGGUUUUACGGUGGUCAGUGAGGGCGUCAAGAUAGAGGAGGAGGUGGAGCAAGUAACGACACAGUCUGUUCUGACGGCCCAGGACGUACACAACAUGGCCAACGUCAUUAAACAGUCGAUCUUGAACAGUGAGGAAUUAAAGAAAGGGGCCACUUUGACAUUACAGGCUGUUUUGAAGGCCGAACACGUAGAAAACGCGGCCAAACUAACAACGCAAUGUAUUUUGAAGGCCGAUGGCGUAAACAAAACAGACAAUGUGACGAGACACUCCACUCCGACGACCGAACCGGUAAACGAUACGUGUGCCAUGAAGACACAGUCCGUUGAUGAGUGCAACAGCCUGUCAGACUUUCACGUCACGAAGACAGAAAUAUUGGAAGGCAAGGUCGUUUACACUGUGACCAGAACCGUCAAAAGCAAGAACAUGAAGAUAAUUGUGAGCGACUCGGCGAAGGACUGCAAGGGACGCCCCGAGGUGCCGGCGAGGUCGACAGCCGCCGACGACGUCUCGGCGAACGGCGGUGGAAACUUCGGAGACGAUUCGGAAAUUGUCAAAGCGAAUCGCGGGAAGACCGACAUAGUUCCCGUCAAGGUGACCGUGCUAAAGGGGCGCCCGAAGGCGGACGAUGCGGCCAAAUUCACGUCGCCCUCCGUCUCGAAGACCGGAAACGGAUGCACGGUGAAGAUCGUGACGGAGGGGCCGCAGGGCUCCAAGGCCGCGGGGAUGCAGAAGACGAUCGCCGCCGUAUUUAAGGACAUCGGCAGAUACCACGAGUGUUGUCCCGAGAUGCUGGAGAGUGCCAUAAGGGCGACACUCUUGAGAAAGGUGGCCCAGUCGCUGGCUUCAGAGAUUUUCUGCAUCUACGUCGGGAGGCUCAGUAGAUGCCUCAGGUUGAUGCCCCUGCUGACCAACGCCACGAAAGACAAGACGUACCAGAGGACGUUGACUCGGUUCUCUUCCAUGACCGACGCGGACAGGUUCUUCGAGUGGAUGUUGAGGAUGAGACAGAUGGGACGACUGCCCGUAGAGCGGGACAAACACCUCGUAGCUUUCUACCUCGGGAUGGACAAGGUCCCUCAGGGCCUCCGCACCUUCCUCCUCCGAUACGGGGAACAAAGUGUAGAUUACCAGGACUGGUGCUACAUGACCAGACCCGCGAUCAACAACUGGAAGCUCAGACUCAGUCGACACCUCAACCUCCACCACGGCGUCAGCCCGGAAGAGCUGUUGUCCGAGGGUAAUUCCCACCGUAUCUUUAGCUGCGUGGAACUGUCUCUCUCCCUCGCGCGCGUCGCCACGGAGGUCUACGUCCAGCGGGGGUACAAAAACACGUACAGCUUCGCGGGUCUGUCCGACGAAGGCACGUGCACGAUGGUGACGUUCUCCGCGGCCGGUCUCUUCCUCAAGCCCCUCGUCCUCCGGGCGGGUUACUCCAUGCCGCCGUGGAGUCGGUCGGGGCUGGUGGACGAGACUCUGUUCCACAGUGGGGCGUCCGCCGACGGUCAGUUAGACCCGCUGGUCUUCCUCAGUUGGCUCAAGCUCUUUAAUGCCGAGAUAGAGGAGAACAAGAUAAAGAAGCCCGUCUUACUGUUGGUCCACGGCCACCCCUGCCACGCCAGCCCGGCCGCGGCCACCUACUGCCGCAGGGAAGGAAUAAUACUCUUCUCCCACUAUCACUGGCCCCUCAACCUUAUGGAUCCAUUUCUGAGAAUGUCGAGUAAGUUUCACUACCACUACGAGGCGAGCGUCCGCAAGUUUCAAGACUCGGUCGGGGACAAGCCUCUCAAGAAGAAACACUUCCCCGCGGUGCUCCUGGACGCCCUGAGUCUCUUGAAGGAGCAGAAGGAGGUGGCUGUGUCUGCCUUCUUCGCCAGCGGUCUGGUGCCGUUUAACAUGGCGUGUAUUAAGUCCAAUCUGCACACCAGUUGUUUAACGUCUGCCUACACGGAUCUGAUGCCUUACCCGGUCAAGCUGUGCAGGACCAGAUCGUGGUACGGGAGCGACGGCGUCUCGGGUAAGACGUUUGAACCGGCGCCCCAGAUACACCUUCCUUACUGGUGUGACUUAUCCUUACCUCACACUCUACAGAAGAUGCUGCAGGGUCUGCCCUCACCCAAGGAUGUGCUCCGACUGGAAGACCCCCUGCUGGUGCGUCACGAGCCCCUGCUGUCGGACGCAACCCAUAAAGACGUGGUUCACGUGUACCAACGGUCGGGCGGAGGGGGGUGGGGGGGCGACGGUCACAUCAGGGAGGAUCCCGUACUCGAGACGGACGACGGCGUCUUCGUCACCUGCGAUGACCUGCUCUAUGCUUUCUCCCGGGACGCGGAGACGGACGACGCCGGAGCCUCGGGAGAUUCUUGGUCUACGGGGCCGGGCGGCGACGCAGCCACAUGCCAGGAGAGUCUUCUCGGCGACCGGGGACGCCGCGGCGAGAUCGACGACCGGGACGCGACUCCCGGCGAGUUCCGUGGCGUCCGGUACCUUGCCGAAAACAACGACGCGGACUCCGCCGCUUCGGAGACGUUCAAGAUACCGUGCGUGUAUAUCAAGUGUGAAAACCACGGAGACCCACUGCCCACAGGUGAACCGCGGGCGGCUAGGAGUGGUGACAGAGAUACAGAGUUGUAACCAGUGAACAAAUGAACAGUUGUAAAUACACAACUGGUGUACUACAUUUAUUGUAAAAAAUUGACUUGAUGUCUGUAAAUACUCAUUAUUGUAGAAAAUGGACAUAAUGCAGUACAUUACAGAUACAUAGCUACAGGUUACAAAAAGAAUGAGUAUAAUUUUGUAAAUACUUAUACUGUAACCAAGUGACCGGGUCUUUGUCGUCCCUGGCCAUAACUGCAGUGAGUCGCUCAAAUGGGACGGUCGUUUGUUAGUAUCGUUCAGCCUCGGUUAAGUACACUACAGUAUUAUGUUUUGGAGUUAGGACGACAACCGGGUAUUUGUCGGACGAGAUUUGGAUAGGUUAGGAUAGGUAAUGGCUGUGACCCUCUUUGUAGGUCAGGUUAGGAUAGGUUAGGACCCUCUCCGUAGGUCAGGUUAGGAUAGGUUAGGACCCUCUCCGUAGGUCACAUUAUGCCAUAGAGUGAUGCGUCCUUCCCGUCGCGUACAGACUAAACACAUGACCGACACCGUAACAUAUCUCAGGAAAGAUGUUUACACGCUGCCCUACGGAAGUCGUGUGAGUGGUAUGACGGUAACAUUGUCCUCGAGGGGUUGAUGUGUGAGGUCUGCGGGGACAAUGUUGCCGUCAUAACACUGUGCGAGUCUUCACGCACUCACUUCUAGAAGCCAAUAAGACGCUGGAAUUUAGGGUAAUUAAACUGGUGAUUUUUUUACUAUAUAGCAAAUAAACUGUCAUUAUAUAUUGUAUGUUAUGUCAAGAUUGAUUUUUUAUGUUAUUCUUGAGGUCAUUAAUCUCAGAAACUUUUAUUACCUAGUCGAGGUAAACAGUGGAACCUCUAUUUAAUGGACUAUAUGGAGGUAAGUCUACUAUAUCGAGGUUUCACUGCUGCCAAAUGUUAUGUUGCAAUAUUCUCAGAAAAGAUACAAAUUUAUGUUACAAUUUAUAUAAGAAACUUUGUAAAUAAUUAAUAGAUAAAUUGUCUUGAGAUGUGAUAAUUCAUUAUUUUUUUUAAGAAACUUGUAAAUAUUUAAAAGGAAAUAUUUUAUCUUGGAACCUCCAUUUAGUGGACUAUAUGUAAGUAAGUCUACUAUAUCAAGGUUUCACUGCUGCCAAAUGUUAUGUUGUAAUAUUCUCAGAGAAGAUAAAAAUUUAUGUUACAAUUUAUUUAAGAAACUUUGUAGAUAAUUAAUACAGGUUGACAUCCCUCUAUCCGAAAACCGAAAAAAAAAUUGUGGGGCAAUUUUUUUUUUUUUUCUUUUUU